CGCAGCGCACGGAGGCCAUUAGCUCUGCGGGGUGUAAAUACGGCCGUGAAACCGGAAGUUCCCCAGGAGGUGUCGCUUCCGGAAGUGUGGCAAAUUCCCACCACACCAGGAAGUGUGGUGCCGCGGCGGCUCUUCGAAGUGUUGCUGUCCACCCAGUUGAGAUGCGAGAUUGAAACAGGUGUCAAUGUAUCGUUGUUUGCGGAGGCCCAGUGGAGCGACACCCAUCCGAAAGUGCCGGAGGGUGCAAGUAUUUGGUCAUGUUUUUGAAUGUCGCGUCCUGUCGAAAACCGUAGGGAAAACAGCACUAGGAAUGUAUCCAGGGGGCCUGGCUCCCUGAAGGCUUUUAAGAAGUUUUCUGUUGCUGCCCAUCACCCUCGAUUCCCCUUCUUCCCAGGGAUGUGCAGAUGGAGGCCGGAGGAGAUAGUGCUGUCCCAGCCCCCGGGGGCGUGGAGGACUUGGUGGACACGCAGCUCCCCAGUGAGGAGGCUGGAGACAGUGAAGGGGUUCACUCGAGCACGCCGGAUCCCGGAGAUGGGGACCCGGAGGAUACAGGAUCCAAGGCCGAGGACCAGCCAUCCAGUCUCCUGUCACCUUUGCCUCAGGCUGAGGCCCCAUCAGACACUUGUGAGCACUGGAAGACUGCAGCUGCCGACAGCAGUCCCACUGGAGAACCCGAGAGUAGUUCUGAGGGUCAAGGAGAGGACCCCAGUGACGGAGACCCCAGUGAUGAGAACUGGCGCGGCCAACGGAAGCACGUGUUCGUGCUGAGUGAGGCAGGCAAGCCCAUCUACUCACGGUAUGGUAGUGUGGAGGCACUUUCCGCCACCAUGGGUGUCAUGACAGCGCUUGUGUCCUUCGUGCAGAGUGCAGGAGAUGCCAUCCGUGCCAUCUAUGCCGAGGAUCACAAGCUGGUGUUCCUGCAGCAAGGGCCACUCUUGUUGGUGGCUGUGUCCCGGACUCCUCAAUCUGCAGCACAGCUACGGGGGGAGCUGCUUGCAGUCCAUGCCCAAAUUGUGAGCACACUGACACGUGCAAGCGUGGCCCGCAUCUUCGCACACAAGCAGAACUAUGACCUCCGUCGCCUGCUGGCUGGCUCAGAGCGCACACUGGACCGGCUCCUGGACAGUGUGGAGCAAGACCCAGGUGCCCUGCUCCUGGGUGCUGUGCGCUGUGUGCCUCUGGCCCGUCCACUGCGGGAUGCCCUGGGCACACUACUGCGGCGCUGUACAGCCCCAGGCCUGGCCCUGUCAGUGCUGGCUGUUGGCGGCCGACUGAUCACAGCAGCCCAGGAGAGGAAUGUGCUGGCUGAGUGCCGCCUAGACCCAGCUGAUCUGCAGCUGCUGCUUGACUGGGUGGGUGCACCAGCCUUUGCAGCAGGUGAGGCGUGGGCCCCUGUGUGCCUGCCUCGCUUCAACCCAGAUGGUUUCUUCUAUGCCUAUGUGGCCCGCCUGGAUUCCAUGCCUGUCUGCCUCCUGCUGCUGGGUACCAACCGUGAAGCCUUCCACGCCAUGGCUGCCUGCCGGCGCUUGGUUGAAGAUGGAAUGCACAACCUUGGUGCCCUGCGUACCCUUGGGGAGGCUGCCACCUUUUCUAACAGCCCAGCUGCCAGUGCCCCUGCCUACAGUGUGCAGGCCGUGGGAGCACCUGGCCUCCGGCAUUUCCUCUAUAAGCCACUGGACAUCCCGGACCAACACCGCCAGCUGCCACAGUUUACCAGUCCUGAGCUAGAGGCCCCAUACACCAGAGAGGAGGAGCGACAGCGACUGUCGGACUUGUAUCACCGCCUGCAUGCUCGCCUGCAUAGCACCUCCCGGCCCCUGCGCCUCAUUUACCACGUGGCUGAGAAGGAAACACUGCUGGCCUGGGUGACCUCUAAAUUUGAACUCUACACUUGCCUCAGCCCCCUGGUGACCAAGGCGGGUGCCAUCUUAGUAGUGACGAAGCUGCUGCGCUGGGUAAGGAAGGAAGAGGACCGGCUUUUCAUCCGUUACCCACCCAAGUACUCCACACCCCCAUCCACGUCAGGAGACCAGCCCCCCAGCAAUGGCUUGUUCACAGGACUCUGAACGACUGUGGCAGUGACCGCACUUGGCUUUUACAUUCUGCUCGACUCUGGAAACGUGGGCAGAGGCCUUUGUCGGCCUGGCCCCCCAUCUCCUUGUCUCCCUGGGCAGGUGGGCUCAGAUGGGCGAAAAGUGACAGCAGCCAGGGGCUCAUGUUGCUCUCUGAGCCCCCCUUGUGCACUGCCACAUCUAGGAGAGUCGAAAGCCUCUUCUGCCCUCUACGUCACCUCCCUAACCUGAAUGCCACCGCACCCUCUGUCACCAGCCAUCUCCUCCAAGCAGCACAGAUUGCUAACCAUGUCCUGUCCAUCUACCAAACAGGCCUGACACUGUCUGUCCUCAGGGUAGGGGUGGGUAACUCUCAAGGGCUCUAGAAUUUGGAAUGGACUGCUUGAAACCAGCCUAUGGUUGUUUAAAGAAAACUGUACAAAAAAGGCCUAAGGCUGAAUCCCACAAGACAA